GCGCGCCCCGCGCCCCCUCCCGUCCCCUCCCCUCCGCGCGCGCGCUGCAAAGAUGGCGGCACUGAGCAAGUCCAUCCCCCACAGCUGCUACGAGAUCGGGCACACCUGGCAUCCGCAGUGCUCCUGGGCUGUGCUGCACGUCACCCAGAGCGCCCUGGCAGAGUCCCUCCGCAUCUACGGCACCCUCUACCUGGUUGCAGCUAUUCUCAGGAAACGAAAGCUUGAGUAUUAUUUGUACAAACUGCUACCUGAGAUCUUGCAGUCGACUUCCUUUCUGACAGCAAAUGGGACCUUGUAUAUUGCUUGCUUUUGCAUUCUAAGGAAAAUGCUUGGAAAAUUCUACUUUUGGUCUCCUGGCUUUGGUGCAGCUUUACCUGCUUCUUACAUGGCUAUUCUCAUUGAAAGGAAAAGCAGGAGAGGUCUUCUCACAAUCUACAUGGCUAAUCAAGCCACAGAAACAUUGUUCCGAAUGGCGGUUGCAAGAGGAGUUAUCACACCUUUAAGACAUGGAGAAGUCCUUUUGUUCUGCAUCACAGCUGCUCUGUUCAUGUUCUUCUUCAGGUAUGUCACUGAUGUUUCUAUUUAUGUUGUAAAAAUUGUUUUGAACAGUGUUUCUUAG